AUGUCUAAAGAAGAGAACUGUAAGCGAUAUUUUGCCAUAAGUAAAAAAAUGCCCAAAGAUGUGAAACGCCAUUGCGGAAUUUGUCGACAGCACGGAAUGCUAGUGGAAACACGUGGCCAUCACUGCAAUCGGAAGAACUGUAACUGCUCAAAAUGCUUACUGAUACGUCAACGUCGACAAAUUAUGAGCACGCAGAUCCGUAUACGCCGUGCGCAAGAUAAAAUAUUUCAGCGUACUUCGCAACUAACUCAAGCAACUAUUACUCCGCAAAAUUAUUUUAAUGAAAAUGAUCCGGCAAUAUACCACUUUAGAAAAGUAACUAAAACAAGUACCGCAACCCAAAAUCAAUGCUACAUUUGUCAAAAAUGCAAAAAUCAUGGUGUUUUGGUUUGGAAAAAAGAACACAAGAGACAUUGUUUAUAUGCUAAUUGUGCGUGUGAUCAAUGUGAAUUGAUCGAAAAGAGGCGAAAAUUAGAUCAAAUUUUGAAAGCCUCAAAACUUAGAUCUAACGAACACAAAAAAGAACGAAAAACUCAUGUGCCAAUAUCAGUGAAUUCAUUCACUAAUUCAAAUAUGCUAUCGAUAUUUACUAAUCUGGACAAGAAGUUGGUAAAACAAAUUUAUGACCAAGAUUUCGCUGAAAUACCUAUUCCCAUUCCUGAGAUGGACUUGUCAUCUUAUACGCUGUUGACAGCGAGAUCCGAACUUUCGGCUGAAACGAAUAUAUCGCUGGCAACCUUCGAUGAAUCUAAAAAAUCAGAUGCAGUUUCAUCUAAUGGCUUAGUAUAUCCGAUACCACUGAGACCCCAGUCUCUUUUAUUACCCAUUACUGCUGUAAAUGUGCCAACAGUCUGCAGUUCGUAUAAUCCAGCUGAUGCAGCAGUUCUGCAUACUCUUGCAAUAAUGCAAUUUGCGCUCGGCAUUCUUUAA